CGCGCCCAGCAAGCCCGCGUGCCCGUGGCGCGAGUAGUCGCUGCAGCUGUGCUGGCGAAGUACAUCCUGUGGGUGGUCCAAGUUCAGUGCGGUUGGCGUCGAGGUGACAAAUUUGAAACACAACUGAAACAAUAAAGCUGCAGCAGAGUCGGGUCAAAGUUAUCCUUGGAACCAGAGGUCCAGAGAGCACAGUGCGAAUUUGGCGAGAUUUGAACCUCGUGGCUUCCCGUCUGGUCCCAGCAUAUUCCAGUUCCCGCGCUUUCUGUUCACUCUGAGAUCCCGCACGGAGCAGACGGUGCGCGACCAUGGCCACGACUGGGGACGAGGUAGCUGCCGUGGGCGAAGGGCCUGCUAUUGAGGAGACCUUCCGGUACAUAGAAUCUAAAGAAGAAUUUGUUAAAGUCAGAAAGAAGGACCUGGAACGACUGACAACUGAAGUGAUGCAAUUACGGGAUUUCUUACCCAGACUACUAAAUGCUGAAUUAAUGGAAAGUUUCCAGAAAUUAAGGAUUGUAGAAAAAAACCUGGAAAGGAAGGAACAAGAAUUAGAGCAGCUGAGAUUGGACUGUGAACACUUCAAAGCGCGGCUAGGAACUGUCCAGGCAGACAGCGGGAGGGAGAAGAAGGAGAAGUUGGCUCUUCGACAACAGUUGAAUGAGGCGAAACAGCAGCUCCUCCAGCAGGCAGAGUACUGUACACAAAUGGGAGCAGUUACCUGUACCCUCCUCUGGGGAGUCUCCAGCAGUGAGGAAGUCGUCAAAACCAUUCUGGGAGGAGACAAAGCAUUGAAGUUUUUCAACAUCACUGGUCAGACGAUGGAGAGUUAUGUGAAGUCAUUGGAUGGGGAUGUCAAGGAGGUUGAUUCUGAUGAAAACCAGUUUGUAUUUGCACUAGCUGGAAUUGUAACAAAUGUUGCUGCCAUUGCAUGUGGCCGUGAAUUCUUGGUGAAUUCCAGUCGGGUGCUCUUGGACACCAUGUUGCAGCUGCUGGGGGACUUAAAGCCUGGCCAAUGUACCAAACUCAAAGUUCUAAUGCUGAUGUCCCUGUACAACGUGAGCAUCAAUUCAAAAGGCUUGAAAUACAUCAGUGAGAGUCCUGGAUUUAUCCCUUUGCUGUGGUGGCUUUUGAGUGAUCCAGAUGCAGAAGUGUGCCUUCAUGUCUUGCGGCUCAUCCAGUCCGUGGUUCUAGAACCAGAGGUCUUCUCCAAGGCGGCCUUGGAGCUUCGGAGCUCCUUACCGCUGGAACGCAUCCUGGCCAUGUCCAAGAGCCGCAACUCUCACCUGCAGACUGCUGCUCAGGAGCUCCUGGAAGACCUCCGUGCCCUGGACUGCAAUGUUUAAGUGUGCUUGACCACCAGGGGCAUGGUGAAAUGCCAGUGCCCCUUCCCCUCCCCAGGCCCUUUACCUUUGUGUUCACAACUAGAUGUCACUGUAUGUAGGCCUUGACAAACUAGAGGUGGACAUGAUGAAUAAGCAUCCUCCAUUUCCAUCCUGGGAGGCCACAAUUGUUAGGUAGUUAGUUGGUUAUGUUAAUCCUGCCAGAGCAAAAGGUUGUAUUCUUUAGGAAGAUCCCUCUGAACAUCUGGAAAUUGUUCCAGAGUUUUCUCAGAGUAGCUUCUUGCUGUCCUAGAGGCUGCCCACACCAAUAGGAUCACUCUAAGGUUGGGAGUUUAGGUCACCAUCUACCAUGGAUCAGUCUUUCCCAGAAGCAUUUCUAUGAUAACCCAAACUCUUUCUCUAGAAACUAUAACCCCCCACUAUACAGGCUUACCUUUGUAACCUUUUGGUGAAUUUAUUAUUUCCCAUGAUAUUGGACAUUUGAUCUCUGUUUUGGUGCUUUUUAUUUUCAAAUAAAGUUGAGUCAAUAUUAA